GAAGAGAGGGAAAGGGGCGUGGCCUGGCCGGCUGCGCGCGCAGCGGAGCUUAGGCUCCUCCUACCCGACCCUGGCCUCGCCCGGCAGCGCCGGAGUGGCUUCCUCCUUCUCUGCCCGCCGAGAUGGCGCUGGACCCCGCAGAGCAGCAUCUGAGACAUGUUGAAAAAGAUGUUCUGAUCCCAAAAAUAAUGAGAGAAAAGGCCAGAGAGAGGUGUUCUGAACAAGUUGAAGAUUUUACCAAAUGCUGCAAAGAUUCUGGAAUCCUUAUGGUAAUAAAAUGUCGGAAAGAAAAUUCUGCAUUGAAAGGAUGUCUAACUGCUUACUAUAAUGAUCCAGCCUUUUAUGAAGAAUGCAAACUGGAGUAUCUCAAGGAAAGGGAAGAAUUUAGAAAAACCGGAAUUCCAGCCAAGAAAAGGCUACAGAAACUGCCCACGAGCAUGUAGGCGAACAUUCAAAUGAGCCAGGAACUUGUAUUUAUGGAAGCCAUUUAUAAAAUAAAUCACCAGAAAUAAUGGACUGAAAUAACAUUUCCUUUUCCUAAUUAUGAACAUUUUGAUUUUUUUAUUAAAAAUCUUUAUUUCUGAAUUCUGGUUUAUUAAACACAGGAGUGAAAACUAAAUGAGCUGUUUUCCUGGUCUUUUUUUUUUUUUUUUUUUUUUUUAAAGAAGUCCUCCCAUACUUUAAUUGCAGUAACAGUGCUAAUGAUUUUCAUAUGGAUUAUGAGCAGGCUAGCUUUAGCUCAUCAUGGGGUAAAAGUAUUAAAGGAAAGAAUGAACCUUCAGCAGUGUUAAUGAUAACUAGGAUGUUCAGCACAGAAACAGAACCAGAAUCCUUUCAAGCUCUACCACUCACUAUAUAACUACACCUCUGGGAAAAUAGGUCUCACAGUUAUUGAGGACUUAACUGGAUAUUGCAGGUAUAUGGAGUGUGUAAGACAGGGCUUCAGAUUUGGCAAGAGCUUAUUUGGUAGUUACUAUUAGUAGUAUAGUAGGGUUAUUUGAAAACACAGAUGAGAUUAAGUUAAUUUUAAACUUUUGAUGGAAAAUUUCUUGUAAUCACUUGUUUCUUGACCUUUCAAACUUGGCUACUGAUAUUGUAUAAUCCUUGAUUUGUAUAAUCCUUGAUUUUAAUAAGUCCUAUCUUUGCUAAAUAUGAACUUGCAUUUUGUAAUAUUGUGGAUUUAGGAGGUACUAUACAAGUUUCUGCUAAAUGCAAUGAUUUAGGUCUAGCCUGUGUUUUGUAUUAAAAGUUGUUCUCUGAGCAAGAUUUAACUGUGACCACAAUGCUCUUAAAAAUAAAAAAACAUUUUUAAAGAGUGU